AUGGUCGUUCCAAAUACUCCUAUUUUGACCACCUCCACUUCUCAUCAUUCCGACGCUACAGCUCUUACCGCACCAUCUGGUUAUCCCUCUAUCAUGAAAAGUGCCCAACAAAACUUCCAUACAUACAACGUUCUCAUCAUUGGUGGUUCUUAUGCUGGCCUUUCUUCUGAAACUGUCAAUCUCCUUGAUCUCCAUCGUGGCUCGCAGCCGCGCCAAAGCAGAGAGCCCUAUAUACAUCAACGCCAGCUCCCGAAGCACAAUAUUAAAAUUACGAUUAUAGAUGAGCGCGAUGGCUUCUACCACCUCGUCGGGUCACCUUUGGCCUUGUUCGAUCAGGAAUAUGCGAACAAGACCUGGGUUAAGUAUCAAGAUAUCCCAGAAAUGCAUGGUUCACUCAUCAAGCAUAUACAAGGAGCCGUGAUGGAAGUCAAUUGUGUUGAAAAGAAAGCAGUGAUCGUUGAUGGAGUCACCAAGACGCGGAUGGUCCAGUCCUACGAUAUUCUUGUCGCGGCCUCAGGUCUACGACGUGCCUGGCCUAUUGCCCCUCGGGCCAAAACAAAAGAAGAAUUCCGAUCUCAUAUAGUGCAGCAUACGUCGAGCUUUGGAGAUGCUUCACGCGGUGUCGUUAUCGUUGGUGGCGGGGCUGUCGGCGUGGAAAUAGCUGCAAAGCUCAAGAUGCUCAUCCCUCAACUCACAGUGACCCUAGCUCAUUCACGAGAUACGCUUCUAUCCUCGGAGCCGAUUCCUGACAGUGCUAAAGAAAAGACUCUUGAGCUAUUGAGGGACACUGGAGUUAGGGUACUGAUGAAUCAUCGUUUGAGCCAAGUGACUGAUGAGCGGACGUCGGAUGGAGAUAAUGUAUUCCGCCUUGAGUUCAACGAUGGGACGCAGAUGGUGGCUAGCAAAGUCAUACACGCCAUCUCACAAAGCGUGCCAUCGACCGAGUAUCUGCCAGCAUCAGCUCUGGAUUCGAAUGGUUACGUCGAGGUCUUGCCAAGUCUGAACUUGAGACAGGGAACGUCAAAUUAUCAAGAUCAUUUCUCAGCGGGCGACAUAGUGCAAUGGCCGGGGAUCAAACGUUGCAGUGGCGCGAUGCACAUGGGGCAACUAGUCGCACAGAAUGUCCACCAGCGCGUCAUACAAAAACCCACUGGUAGGGAACCUACGAUGAAGGACCUGGAAGAGUUCCCGCCCAUGAUUGCUGUCGCCCUCGCCAAGAGUGCUGUUUGUUACGCACCGCAAACGGGCGUCACAUGGGGAGGUAAGGUGCUGCAAACAUAUUUUGGGGACGAUAUGGCAUUUUCUUUGACAAUUCCAGUUCCAAGCAACCGCCGCAUGCCUCUCAGUUGCGAGCCAUGUCGCCGACGGAAGAUUAAGUGCCCACGCAACAACAGCCGUGGCCGAACGCCUUGCGACACUUGUGUACGCAGGGGUAUACCUGUCACCGAGUGCAUCUAUCUUCGAGAUCAAUCGUCACGGCGUAACGUCUUGAUGCCUCAACAUGCCGGCAACUCGGCUCUUGUGGCUCGCAUCGACCGACUGGAAGAAUUGCUGCGACAAAGCGUCUCGAGUGCAGGUUCAGAGCCCAGAAAGCUACAUACAGAACUGGAACUGGAACGGGAACGGGAACGGGAACCAGAACCAGGAUCAGAACAGGCAGCAGAUUUCCUGUCGCCAGAAUCGACCCUACAUCAGUCGGCAACCACUUGGUCUUCCACCCAAAGUGAUGCGUCGCUCAACCAACCUCAUGCAAGUAUGCCGCCAGUAGGAGUCAUUAUCCGAUAUGAAUCUGGCCAUGAGCGAUUCGAAUCAGUCUCUUCGCAAUGGUCGCCUAUGAUUCAAAACAAUCCUGUUGUUAUUGGCGUCAAGGCGAACAUGGCUGAGAACAUAUCCGGAUCCAUGCCAUUUUCUAUGAACAACUCAAGCACUGCCGAUCUUCUGGAGUUGCUCCCUCCUGCCUCUUAUUGCGAGCAACUCAAAAAGCUCUAUUUCGAUACUUUUGCACCACUUUUUCAUAUCCUACAUGAUCCUACAUUCGAAAUUGACUACCUCCGCUUUCAAUCUGAUCCCGAGAAAGUAUCCUUGCCUUGGCUUGCGCUGUUGUUCGCCAUAUUCAGUAUAGCCAUCAUCGCCUUGCCUCAAGAUAGCCCGCUUCUUCGAGAGCUGGGCAAACGCAAUUCUGUGCUCGACAACAUGUCGUUACUCAGUAGUCGCUAUAGAGGAGGGGUCAUGAAAUGCCUCGAAGCAGACCACUAUCUAUGGAGACACAACAUGAACACUCUGCAAGCUCUGGUAAUUUUGAUCUACGGAAUCAAUCAUACUCAUGGACAAUCUUGGGCUUUGCUCGGAGCGGCACGGAAUAUCGCACUCUCUCUAGGCUGCCACAUUGAACCAACAUUCUUCCAGAUGGAGCCAAUCAGGGUGGAAGAAAGACGUCGAUGCUGGGCUGGACUCAAAAUGCUUUACACAAUACAGAACACGACUCUUGGCAUCUUGGAUGCCACUCAUAUACCUUCGACCGUGCAACCACCGCUUGAUGUCAACGACAAUGAGCUUGUAGUUGGCUAUCAAAUACCCCGAUCUCGAGAAGGACCGACUCAGAUGUCAUAUUUACUACUCAAGUUUGAACUUUACGAUCUCUGCACGCGCAUCUGUAGCCACGUGUUUGAAUCCUCACGCACACUCGGGUAUGACAAGGUCCAGGCCCUCGAUGCAGAGAUAGUAGCUAUGCGAGAAAAGCUAAACUACAAAUAUCUCUUCGACGUCUCAAUUGCAGUCCACCACUCUGUCCAACUGAAUAUCCUUUUCGGCUAUACACACCAACUCACUCUCCUCCUUCAUCGACUGGUCCUGCGACAAGGUGCCUCUGGCUAUACUCGCGAAAACUGGCUGACUUCCCAGACUAAAUGCAUCGAGAGUUCUAAAGAAUUGCUUGGUAUACAUCAUGCAUUCCACGAGAAUCCAAGCUUCUAUCCGUACCAGUGGUAUAACCGUGGACUGGGAAGUUUUCAUGCGUUUCACGCUGCAGUCUGUCUUGCUCAUAUCUGCAUGAGUGGGACGAAUCUCGAUCCUCCAACCAAGACUUCGUUCCAGGAACUUGUUCGGGAUUCGCUUCAAGUGUUUCGGUAUUUCAUGGAAACUGGGAUCAGUGCGAUUUGUACUAAAGCGACUCCCGUUCUAGAGAAACUAUUGUACGAGCAUCAUGAAUCCGCAGGAUAGUCGUGAUUCAAGCACAAGGAGCGAAUCUAUGUACCAUCUCUCAGAUUCGUCUCCUGAAAAUGAUGCAGAGCUAUUUGACGAGUACAUCGAGAACCUGGCACCACAGCAAUGGCUGUCUCCUUCUAACAUGGGCUGGGAAGGUUGGGCAACGAUUUUAGAGCAUGGAUCUAUGGAAAAUGUAUUUUGAGUGGAAUGAAGUAAAAGCGGGCCGGUUAGAAGUGGUUGAACUCAACGUCAAAGUCUUGGGUACCAUGAACAGUCUCCGUUGCCUGCAUAUGGGCGCUUACUUUAGGAACUGUGGCAGAAAUCUCUAAAAACCUAUCUCUACCUUACGAUAAAUGUUUACACCUG